AUGGCAGGAGAAAUAUCAGCAAGUUUUGAUGAUCAUCAACAAGAUGCAAAUGCUUCAUUCACAAAAAAUCAUGAACAUGGAGGUAAAAAAUUGUCUGAAGAAAUAACAGGUAUGUUAGAAAGCUUAAAGCCAUUCCCAGAAUCACCUGGACAUUGUAUCUACAAGGUUUCAGAUCCCAUUCGCCAAUCGUACGAACAAGCUUAUACUCCUCAGGUAAUAUCAAUUGGGCCAUUUCAUCGUAAUAACCCAAAAUUGCAGUCCAUGGAAGAAUUUAAAUUGAGAUAUCUCAAGAGUUUCAGAGACCGAGCCAAAAUAAAGUUGGAAGAUUUAGUAAGCACUAUAAAAGGUACAGAAGAAAGUGUUCGGGAAUGUUAUUCAGAGACUAUAACACUUGGCAGUGAUGAUUUUGUGAAAAUGAUCCUGGUUGAUGCCAGCUUCAUUAUCGAGUUUUUCUUGAAAAACUGGUCGAAAAUCUGGAGCAAGUACGACCGUAGAAUAUUAACUUCGUGGCUGAGUAGUAAGGUGCAGUUGGACUUGAUAUUACUUGAAAAUCAGCUUCCUUUCUCUAUUAUUGAGAAAAUAUAUGACACUGCAUUUCCAUCUCCCUCAAUAUACCCCCCCUUCAUUGACCUUAGCUUUUCGCAGUUUGACUAUUUUAACGUUCAAGGAUACAAGCCUCGUAAUUUUUGUCGUCGGGAAUAA